AUGAUGCGGAAUGGCACUAGAUGUUGCAUGCAAAGGCGAUCGAUAUCGAUAAGCCAUGCCUCCAUCCCCAACUCAUUGCAUUCCAUCAAGGGCAAAAUUGAUCCGGACGACAUUGUAAACCUCAACAAGACCUCCACGGACCCCAUAAACAUCCAGCCCGUCGAGCUGCUAGCCUCGUACCAGAGUCUCGAAUUUGCCAAGCUCAACGCGUUGGGGACCCCGCCCACCAUACUAUCUGUGCACUUGCCGCCAUCCGUGCCGAUAUACUUGAGACGCGGAUCGCUACUCUCGAUUUACGGAAUCCAAUCGCAUAAAUCCUCGAGUUCAGGCGGGCUUUCGACAACGGCAGCAGCACUGACUAUUCGAAAUACACUAGAGUUCCCGCUAUGGUGGGACAGAUUUGCCUUUAAUGGGGGGAAAGUGUUGGGAUACCAGAAACUAGUGUCAACGGUGCCUAUAUCCACACUCGUGAGCAGUAAAAACAACAGCAAGAGCAACAGCGAAAAGUCCUUUGUGAGCUUGGUGCUUGACGGAUCGACCGAUUGGGCCAUCUUGAACAAGGACGCCAUACAGGCGUACACGGGGAACUCGUUAUCUGUGAGCAUGCACAAAUUCCCUAAACGUGUCUCGCGAAGCUUGGCGCGGGACUUGAAGAUCAGUAGGAAGGGCACGGGACUUCGGAGCUUUUUGCAUCGAGGAUACACCUUGUUGAGCGGGAGGGGCCAAGUUGGCGUGGUCGGAAACGGCGGCGUGUACCAGUUGGAAUUGGUUGAAAAUGAAGAGAUUUUGAUUCGGAAAAGCGCGAUUUUGGGCAUCACCGUCAAUGGGCCAUUUGACAUUGAGAAUUGCAUAUUGGAGAAUGGCAGUUUUGGGUCCAACAAUGAUUUGGAACCCAAAAAUGCCGAUAAGCCAAAGCAAGUGGACGUAGAGGCGGAGACCAGUACUCAGAGUAGCCCCACCUUGGUUCUGCCGUCUGCUUGGGAGCAAAUUGUGGUCCAAACGAAGAAUUUCGCUUACUGGCUGAGAGUGGCGUGGGCUAGAACUAAAGCAUUAUUUUCCACCAUGACUGCAAAGACGAAUGCUUUCCUUUUGGGGAAUGACGAUUUUGUAAAGGUGUUUGGCCCAAGAAACUUGCUUAUACAAUCCGGCACAAGGGAACUCAGGAGAGGUGUUUUGGGAAGAAUUGGCGAGUCCAAGCCAAGGGAGACAGUUGUAAAUGAAAAAUUAUUAGUCCAUGUUGAACCCAAGACGAGCCAAGGAGAGGCAGCAGCGUACACUCCUGGUGACUACUUGAGUUAUGUUACAAUUGACCCAGAAAAGGGAGCCACUUUCCAAAACACCCCAAAUUUCAAAGAUUCUAUUCAGCAGGGAAAAAGUAGCUAA